UUUAUUUUCGUUUGUGACGUCACUUGUUACCAUGGCAGCCUGAAAGCCAGCCGUCUCCAGGCAACGGAAAGCGUCAACAAAUGGAGUGUCUUGGAGUAUCAUCCCUUCAGAACCUACAGGCUCUGUCUGCCUUGUUGUCAACUCAGCAGGAUGAUGAUGAUGAUGAUGAUGAAGACAGCAAAAAUGUGACAGCUUGGGCACAGUUGAACCCUGGAAACAUUGGCACCCCACCCAAAAAAGAUAAAGAAGUGUCAGGUGCUUAUGUGAAAACGAACAGCAAAGAUAUCUGGGGAGAGGAAGAAGUACCUGAGGGCAUUCAGUAUGGUGAUCUUUGUGACACACGGCCACAACCUGAGUAUGACAUACUUCUGAAGCAGAGUGUGGGGACAGAGGAUCUGUUCUUGGGCUUGAGCGGAAAGGACCCAUCUUCCAUAUGCUGUGAAGCCAUGCUGGUGAAAAUCAAACUACCAGACACUAAAGCAACAGAUGUGGUGCUGGAUGUAAAAGAAAAAUUCCUUGAUCUACGGACGCCAAAAUAUAAACUGGGUCUCCAUCUCCCACAUCCCAUCCACAGCCAGGAGGGCAAGGCUCAGUUCUUCAGUGAGAGAGAGGAACUGGAGGUGACUCUAUUGCUGAAUCGCCCCAUGGAUGUUAUCAACAUGCAAUAAGAAAGAAUGACAACAGGCCACAAGUAUUUGGAAGACACAGGACAAGUGUGACUUCAGUGAACGUUACAUAUGCUACCUUGUUUAUGGAUUAAGGAAAAACAAGGAUGAAAAAAAAAAAGGAUCCAUAAAAAGCCUGUGUGUUUCCUGAGUUUCACAU